GUCCCAAUUCGUUUCAGUGCUGCAGAGAAUAAGUUAAUUAGUUAUACCCAGAGAAGGCGGUGAUCAAUGGGGUGCAAGUCUUGCGAUAAGCCGAAGCCGAAGCACCGGAAAGGGUUGUGGUCGCCGGAGGAAGACCAGAGGCUCAGGAAUUACGUCCUCCAACACGGCCAUGGCUGCUGGAGCACCGUCCCCAUCAAGGCCGGCUUGCAACGAAACGGGAAGAGUUGCAGACUACGGUGGAUUAAUUACUUGAGACCUGGCCUGAAGCACGGCGUCUUCACCAUCCAAGAGGAGGAGACGAUUUUGUCCCUCCAUCGCCUGUUGGGAAACAAGUGGUCACAGAUUGCACAGCAUUUGCCCGGGAGGACUGAUAAUGAGAUAAAGAACUUCUGGAAUUCGUACCUGAAGAAGAAAGUCAUGAAGGUCGAAGCUUUGGAAUUAGCUCAAAUCAAUUCCCAGUUGCUCAACUCAGCUCCAAAAACCGAAGAAUAUUCUAUGCAGACAAUAAAUCCCAACACACAGCAAGUUUCGAGCUUCCAAUCAUUCCAACAGAUGGAAGAUUCCGCUGUUGAUGCAGACCGAUCUGUUCCACUUCCACAUGCUCCCGAUGACAAGGUAGCACUCCAGAGUUCCCUCCCGAGGCUUUUGUUCGCUGAAUGGCUGUCAUCGGACCACAUCAAUAACCGGAACUUUGUAAACUCCGGUGGGACGAUGGCGAUUUCAAGUAUGAUGUCCGACAAUUCGAACCCGGACUAUGCGUUCAAACAUAAUUUGUUACGAGAUGACGGACAAUUUGGAAAUGAAUUCCGUAGUGGUUUAAGUAAUGGUGCCGCCACCUACAAUCAGAAGUUCCCCAUACAACUGGAACAGGAGAUCAAUCAUCAGAUCCCUGCAGUAGGGAAUGGAGUAUUUGAUUUUGUGUCCAUGAGUGAUAUCUGUAAUGAUUUCAAUAUGACACAUGAUGUCAUUUAUUGAUGUAAUUAAUUAAAUCUCAAAUGGUUAUGAUUUUGAGAUUUCACUUAUAUCAUCCACCAA